AUGGCCGACCGAGGUAAAAUCGCGCCUGUGGCGGCGAGCGCGCCGAUGGAGGGCGCCGGUGAAUCGCUUGUGUCUGUCCUGUGUGUAGAGGCCACCUAUAAGAUACAGAGAGUAUUCGAUAGGGCGCUCUCGGCGGCCGCGACCGGCAGUGCGGCGGCGACGGAGGAACUGCGCAAGCUCCCUGGCAUGCAGCUCUGCAUGUCACCCGACACGCCCAUCCAUGCUAUUCGAGCUUUCUUGCAAGAGCAGGAAGCAGUGGCGUUGUCGUCAAGUGACCGUCGCGCCGCUGCGGCUGACAAGGAGCAGCAGAACACGAACUCACUCGCCAAUGCUCAUUUCUUUGCCAUUCUCGUGCCACCGGUCUCCUCGGAGGGAGCGGAGGCUGUUGAGGCUUUCCUUCCUCUUCAGAACACCGCAACCCUUCGCGACGUGCUUGCCUCCGGCCCCGUACUGCGGUGCACCGACGACGCGAGCGCGGACGCGGCUGAGCAGAUGUUGCUGCUGGUGUACAUGCGCGAGAGCGAGUACGGCUUAGACGGUGGCGACUUCCUUCUCUGCGCUCUCUGCGCCGGUCUGUGUGCCUGCUGUAUUGCCUUGUGCGCCUCUGGUGCAGGGCGCUCGAGUAGGGAGAAGAGGGAUCGUAGAGAGUGCGAGCAGCAGCAGCAGCAGCCCCAGUACCCGCAGCAGCCGUACUACGCCAACAACGUUGCUUCGCCACCGAACCCGGGCUACUACCCAGGCAACAUGCCCGCCGGCCAGCCGUACAGCUACGGCGCCCCGCCGGAGUACCCGGUGCCGCAGCCAGCGUACUACAACUACAGCGGACAGCCCGGGCAAGAGCAGCUGCCACAGCCGGGGUACCAGAAGCAGGUACCUGGCGCCCUGAGUCCAUCGACCAACGCGGAUGCCCCGGCGCCACUGUGA